AUGGACGACUCAGGCACCAUGAGUGUCCUUACUCCUCCUUUCAGAGCUGAGCUGCCCGAAUACAUCCUGGACCUUGGCUAUGUCGUUUCCGGUGACAUCCACACACACACAGUGAAGAUCACCAACACCGGGCACUUCCCUGCAUCUUUCUGUGUCGAUGGAUAUGUCCUGUAUAACACAGGCUUCAGCGUGUGCCUGGAGUGUGUGAAGCACCUGCCCUCCUGUGAGAGCAAGACAUUUGAAGUGUGCUUCGACCCACAAAGUGCCAACCUGCGCCUGGGAAAAGUGGAUGUGCUCCUGCCCAUCAAGGUCAGAGGAGGCCCCACAUUCCAGGUCCGCCUCCGUGCCAUGGUGGCUGAGCCGUCCCUCUGCGUGUCCAGGGACAGGCUGGAGUUCUCCGCUGUCCAGUGUGGGCAGUGCCAGGAAGAAACCAUCCAGCUCCACAACACGUUCCAGGUCCCCUGUAAAUGGUCCAUCAGCAUGACUGAUCCUGUUGAGGAGGUGGACAAACAUCUGCCAGGGAGCGAGCACCAGAAGCUGCUGGAGGAGAUGAAGUCUGUGCCCUGUGGCUUUGAGGUGCUGCCCUCAGCUGGAAGCCUCGCUCCAGGACAGCAGUGCCACGUCCAAGUCCGUUUUUCACCCACGGAAGAGAAGUGCUACCGGGGCGAGCUGCAGAUCCAGAUUUGCCAGAGCAGCCAACGCCUGCAGGUGCCGCCCCUACAGACACCAAAAGAUGACAACAGCCCCAACAGCUUGUUGCUGCCUCCGUGUGCCCCGGGAGAGAAGCUGACUGAUGAGGCCCAAGGAAGGGGCAUAAAAAUGAAGGUUGACGUUGUGGAUCCACCAGGAAAGGUGGUGAAGCUGGGAAACGUCUGCAUUGGACAGACGGUGAAGAAGAUGGUCACUGUAGCCAACAAGAGUGCAGCCCCUCUCACCUUUAAGCUGAGGGUCACGUCCACCGUGCCAGAGUUGCAGGAAGCUGGGGUUCUGUGCUUGAAGCCCAGCAAGGAUCUAAAGCUGAAGGGCAGAGGAGACACCUGCAAAGUGGAGGUGACCUUCUCCCCGAAGCGCCGCAUGCAGCCGUUCAGCGGGGAAGUGCUGCUGGAGUGCCGCGGGCUGGUGCGCUCCCUCUGUGUGGUGCGGGGCUCCUGCCAGGGCAGCCUCGUGAGCCUGGACCAGGACCAGCUCAGCUUUGGAGCCGUGGUGCAGCAGAGCUACACGUGCCGGCGCGUCGUCAUGCGGAACGCGGGCGACACGAGAGUCAGGUUUAUGUGGGACGUGGAGAGCUUCAAGCCAGACUUUUCCAUCAGCCCCACAAAGGGUUACAUCAGCCCAGGGAUGGAUGUCCCCUUGGUUGUGACCUUCCGCCCCUCGAAGCUGAGCCAGGCUGUCCAGUACGAGGGGCUGCGGUGCUUCAUCCAGGGCAGUGAGGCGCUGCAGCUUACGCUGGCAGGAUCCUGCGUGGAGGCCCAUGGCCCCAAAGAGACGCUGACUUUCAGCUGCCAUGUGCGUGAGAGGCAGAGCCAGACCAUCCUCCUGUCCAACCCGAGCAGCGAGGCCUGGACCCUGCAGCCCAUCAUUGAGGGGAAAUACUGGAAAGGGCCUGAAUUUAUCCAUCUGGAGGCCAGGCAAAAAGAAAAGGUCUACCAGGUCACCUACAGACCCCUAACCAUGAGCUCUGAGAACAAGAAGCACCAGGGCUCCAUCUUCUUCCCCCUGCCGGACGGGACAGGCUUACGCUACCACCUGGAAGGAACUGCUGAAGCCCCCAGGUGUUCAGGGGCCAUUUCCCGGCAGGUUCCAUGCAGGAAGUGCCACACGGAGCUCAUCCCUGUGUCCAACUGGCUGCACAGACCACAGAGGUUCCUGGUGGUUAUUGACAUGCUCAAACCAGAGAACCUGGAAAGCAGUUCUGUGCUGCAGGGGUGUUCCUACAUGGACGUGCCAAGCUCUGCGAAGAAGGACUACCAGCUCACCUUCCUCUCCUACAAAGAAGGAGUCUUCAGGGCAAAGGUGACCUUCCUCAAUGAGACAACCGGAGAGUACUUGUUCCACAUGGUGACUUUCAAGGCGGUGGCUUCAGGACCCAUGGGCACUGUUCAAAUGAGCACCGCUGUUCGGCAGAGAGUGUCCUCCAGCGUCAAGGUGGACAACCCUCUGCCUGUCCCGGUGACGUUUGACAUCAACUGCAAAGUGCCCGACGUCAGCGUUCCCCAGCACUUUACUGUCCCUGCACAGUCGAAGGCGGAUCUUGUCUUGGAAUAUCAGCCCCUGCAAACGGGUGAGAGCAGCGGGCAGCUGGUGCUCCAGAGCAGCGACUUGGGCUCUCUGUUUUACACACUGCAGCUGAAAGCCACCUGGAGCAGGCCAGAGAAGCCCGUGUAUUUCCGCACCAGGCUGGGCUCCCGUCAGACCAUCACCACCAAAAUACGGCAUUUUGCCCAGCAGAAGACCGAGUACCUCGUACAGACCGACUGUACCGACUUCCAGACAGCAAAAUCCAUCAGUGCGGCACCCGCCAGUGCUGGGGGCUCGGACCUGAGCGUGGAAGUGACCUUUGAGCCCUGCCACCUGGGCGAAGCCAAGGCCACGCUGCAGCUCAGCUCUGCAUUGGGCGGGCAGAACGUCUUCCGGAAGGCCACGGCGUUCCAAUACGCAGUGAAGCACCCGGGCUUCACCGUCAGGGCCCCCGAGGUGCUGCGCGCCAAGAGCAGCACCACCAUCACCGUCUCCUUCGCGGGCGGCCCGGCUCCUGUCACCAGCAGGCUGGUGGUCUCCUGCCCUGGGGGCUCCUGGAUCUACCACCUCCGGGGCCUGCCCUCCCCCCGCAAGUGA